GCGACGGUCAUGCAUGACGCUGGACGAUCGCGCCGGGUUCGCGACCGGUCGUGCUGAUCGGUUGUGCCGGUCCGCGGGACGUGGAAUGUCGAAUAAUGCGAGGAAUGCGCCAUAUCUCGCCGUCGCCGUAAAGGAACUCGGCAAAGAAAACGAAAAAGGUGAGAGAAGGAAAAAAAAUCCGUUUCGCUUUUCGCGUCGCGACCGACGGCGCGGCGACGGCCGAGGAUGGAAAGGUCGAGAUAAUAUCGCGAGUGUCGAGGUGGAGGAGGAGGAGGAGGUGGAGGGACGGCCGUGGCGUGGUGCUGGAGGCCCCAGGAUGUGGCAUCAUCUGCUACUGUUCCUCGUCCUGGGAGCGACCCCCGGCCUGGGCGCGACCCCCGCCCCGGGUGCGCUGCACGAGCGCGUCAAGUAUCUCGAGGUGUCCGAGAACGUGCGGCCGGGCACCCGGGUGGGUUUCAUCGACAUUGACAGCCCGCCUUAUCUGAUAGCGCCGGUGCCGGGCUCGCCGGUGGAGACCGACCUGAUGAUCGAGUCGGCAACGGGGGAGAUAAGGACGCGGGUGCCGUUGGACCGCGAGACCCGGCCGUCGUACAGCCUGGUAGCGUUGCCGAGGGUGCGGGUGGUUAUCACUGUGCUCGACGAGAACGAUAACGCGCCUACCUUCGCCGUGGAGCACGUCUACAUCGAGUUCCCGGAGAACUCGCCCCGCGACCAGCGCGGCCGCGACGGCGUUCUCUACCUGGACCUGCAGAUCGCCGGCACCCUGGACCGGGAGAUGCGCUCCCGUUAUCAUCUGGUGAUCGAGGCGCUCGACGGCGGCACGCCGCCCCUCCGUUCCCACUUACACGUAAACGUGACCGUUCAGGACGUCAACGACAAUCCGCCGGUCUUCAACCAGACGCGGUACGACGCGAGCGUGCCGGAGAACGCGACCGUCGGCACGCCGGUACUCGCGGUGAACGCGACCGACGCCGACGCCGGGGACAACGGCCGCAUCGAGUACUCCAUCAAUCGCCGGCAGUCCGAUCGCGAGGAGAUGUUCCGCAUCGAUCCCGAGACCGGGAUGGUCUACGUCAACAAGGCCCUCGACUUCGAGUCCAAGGAACGCCACGAGCUGGUGAUCGUCGCCCGAGAUCGCGGCGCCCAGCCGUUGGAAGCCAGCACCUUCCUCUCCAUCCGCGUGACCGACGUCAACGACAAUCAGCCGGACAUCACCGUCAUCUUCCUGUCGGACGACGCGACCCCCAAGAUCAGCGAGAGCGCGCAACUCGGCGAGUUCGUCGCGAGGAUAUCCGUCAGCGAUCCGGACUCCCGCACGGAAUACUCGAACGCGACGGUCACCUUGACGGGCGGCGAGGGUCACUUCGGUCUGACCACGCGGGACAACAUCAUCUAUCUCGUGGUGGUGGAACGACCUUUGGAUCGCGAGGAGCAGUCCGUCUACGAACUGUCGGUCGAGGCGACGGACGCCGGCACGCCACCGUUGUGCGCCGAGCGCACUUUCCGGCUCCUCGUCACCGACGUCAACGAUAACGCGCCGAUAUUCGACCGCGAGCGGUACGAGGCUCAUCUGUUGGAGGCGUCCGAGCCCGGGACGUCGGUGAUACAGGUGAUCGCGUCCGAUCUCGACGAGGGCGUCAACUCGGCGGUUCGUUACUCCUUGGCGAACGCGACGUGGUUCGCGAUCGACGAGACCACCGGGCUUAUCACCACGGUGACGCACGUGGAUUGCGAGGCCAACCCGGCGCCGAUUCUGCUGGUCUACGCGACCGACUCCGGACGACCGCCCCUCAGCAGCAGCGCGACCGUACGAGUCACCGUCCACGAUCUCAACGACAACGAGCCGAUCUUCGAGAAGCCGCUCUACAACGCCAGCGUGCCCGAGGACUUGCCCGUUGGACGCUGCUUCCUCAAGAACGCGAACAAGCUUAGUCCCCGACCGUCCGAGGGGGUGCUUCACGAGCCGGCGCGGCGCGGCGGCGCCGCAUCGUUACGUCCCGCCGUGCGAGCGGCCGUGCGUAUUUGUAUACACCCCACGAUGACAAGGCCAGGAUGGAAUAAAGGAUAG